AUGCAGCCGACAGAGGAAAGCCUCAAGUCGCUCGCGCAAUGCUUCCUCCAGACGCUCGCGCCGGACCCCGAGCCGCGCAAGCAGGCGGAGAAUUUUCUCAAGACGGCGGCGGGACAACCGGGGUUCGGCAUCACGGUGCUGGCGCUGAUCGCGACGCCGGGAGUUGACGAGCAGGUGCUGCAGCCCGCCGCCGUCAACUUCAAGAACUUCGUCAAGUAUCACUGGGCUCCGUCGGAGCACGAUCCGCUUGGCCACGUUCCCAUCCAGGACGACGAGAAGGCGAAGAUCAAGGAGCACAUCGUGCCGCUCAUGCUCUCCGCGCCGCCCAAGAUCCAGGCGCAGAUCAGCGAGGCGCUCUCCAUUAUAAGCACGCACGACUUCCCCGCCAAGUGGGAGAACCUCCUCCCGGAGCUUGUAUCGAAGCUGCCUUCAACGGAUUACGGCGUCCUCCUCGGAAUCCUCGAAACGGCUAACUCCAUUUUUAAGAGAUUCCGCCACCAGUUUAAAUCCGCGCAGCUUUAUGCGGAACUUAAAUACUGCUUGGACCUCUUCGUCGCGCCGAUGCUGGCGCUCUUUAUAAGCACAAGCCAGCUCAUCGCAGCCAAUCAGGACAAGCCGGACACGCUCCGCGUGCUGCUCAACUGCCAGCGUCUCAUCUGCCGGAUAUUCUUUUCGCUCAACUCGCAAGAGCUGCCCGAGGUUUUCGAGGAUCACCUACAGGAAUGGAUGGGGGAGUUCCAUAAGUACCUCACUUAUGAGAACCCGCUGCUGAACGAGAAGGACCCGGAGAAGGAGGGCAUUCUGGACCAGCUCAAAGCAGCCAUCUGCGAGAACAUCAAUCUAUACAUGGAGAAGAACGAGGAGGAGUUCAAGGACUUCCUGCCCACGUUCGUGACGGACGUGUGGACGCUGCUCAUCAAGCUCCCGCAGUCGCCCGAGGGCCUGGGACCCGGGUGCGACCGGCUGGCCAUCGUGGCGAUCCGGUUCCUGACGACUGUGAGCCGCAGCGUGCACCACGCGCUGUUCAAGGACGCGGAGACGCUGCGGAAGAUCUGUGAGGGGAUCGUGCUGCCGAACUCGAGGCUGCGGGAUGAAGAUGAGGAGCUGUUUGAGAUGAACUUCGUGGAGUACAUUCGCAGGGACAUGGAGGGCAGUGACAGCGACACGAGGCGGCGAAUGGCAUGCGAGCUGGUGAAGGGUCUGUCCACGAGCUACGAGGCGGAGGUGACGCACCUCUUCUCACAGUACGUCAACUCGGAGCUCGCCCAGUACGCUGCCAACCCAGAAGCCAACUGGAAGGCCAAAGACACAGCUGUGUUCCUUGUGGUGGCGCUCGCUGUUAAACAGAAGACUGCCGCUGCUGGCGCCACGGCGACUAAUAAUCUGGUGAAUCUUGGAGAGUUUUUCUCCGGGCAGAUUCUGCCCGAGUUGCGCGCGGCGGACGUGAACGCGCAGCCGGUGCUGAAGGCGAACGCGCUGAAAUUCCUGACCACGUUUCGCGGGCAGAUUCCGAAGGAGACGUGCCUGGAGUUGAUGCCGCAGCUGCUGCGGUUUGUAGGGGCGGAGUCGAAUGUCGUGCACUCGUACGCGGCUAACGCUAUAGAGAGGCUGCUUAUGACGAGGGACGGCGGGCAGCUGAGAUUCUCGGGCGCUGACGUGGCGACGUUCGCGGAGCCGCUGCUGGGGGAGCUGUUCAAGGCGCUCAAGAUGCCCGACUCGCAGGAGAACCAGUAUGUGAUGAAGUGUCUCAUGCGGGUGGUAUCCACCACCGCUGCUCCAGUCGCCAUCCUGCCGCUCGCCCUGCCAGCCCUCGUCGCCCUCCUCACGGCCGCCUGUCGCAACCCCGCCAACCCCUCCUUCAAUCACUACGCCUUUGAGGCCGUGGCGGCGCUCGUCAGGCGGGCGGCAGCGGAGGACGCACCUGGCCAGGUGCCUGUGUGUGAGGCGCAGGUGUUUCCUCUGCUGCAGCUCGUGCUCGACGCCGACGUGCAGGAGUUUGCACCGUACGCCUUUCAGCUCCUCGCGCUGCUCAUAGAGAGCCGCUCAGCCCCGCCCCUGCUACCACUCCCAGCGGCAUACAUGGCGCUCUUCCCCGCGCUCAUCUCCCCCAUGCUGUGGGAGCGAGCCGGCAACGUCCCCGCCCUCGUGCGCCUGCUGCAGGCGUACCUGCAAAAAGCAUCAAAGGAGAUAGUGGGGGGAGGGCAGGUGCCGCCAGUGCUGGGAGUGUUUCAGAAGCUGAUAGCGUCGAAGCACUCGGACCAUCAGGGCUUCUUCAUUCUCAACACCGUCGUGGAGCAUCUAGACCAUGCCGCCCUCGCUCCUUUCGUGCCCACCAUCUGGAACCUGCUCUUCUACCGCCUGCAGAACUCCCGCACGCCCAAGUUCGUGCGAGGGCUGCUCAUAUUCCUCGCGCUCUUCCUGGUGAAGCACGGAGUGGCGCCCGUGGUGGCGUCAGUUAACGCCGUGCAGCCGGGCCUCUUCCUGCAGAUCACCGCCGGCGUGUGGGCGCCUGGCCUGCCCUCCAUCUGUGACGCCGUGGAGACCAAGCUGUGUGCCGUGGCGGCCACUGACGUGCUCUGUGAAUGCAGCGACCUGCAGGCUGAUUCCGCCCUGCCGACCUGGGCUCGUCUCCUUGACGCCGUUCUAACCCUGCUGGUGCAGCCCAAGGAGCAGCGCGAGGCAGCACAGGCGGAGGAGCCAGACGUGCCAGACGCAGAGGAGAUCGCAUCAGGGUAUGCCGCCUCGUAUGCCCAGCUGCACCAUGCGGGGAAGACGGAGGAGGAUCCAGUUAAGGAUAAGACGAAUGAUGCGAGGCAGUAUUUGACUGCGGGGCUGGGGUCGCUGACGGCGAGGAGUCCGGGGCGGUUUGGAGCGGUGAUACAGCAGGGGGUGAGUGAUGCGAACAGGGAGGCUUUGGCGCAGUUCUGUGCCGGUUACGGGGUAACGCUUGCGUGA